AUGGAGCGACUUGGCAUGCAGCGCCUGAGGGCGCAGGCGGAGGCGACGCUGCAGGGCAAGGGACGCGCGAUGCUGAUCAUGAGAGCAGACGGUGGCGGAGAGCAUGAGAAGACAGCGGAAGAAGAGCGAGACGGCGGGAGUGAUGAGCGGUUAAGAGAGUUUGCGGAGUUGGAGAUGUUGGGAAAGGCGGACAAGAAUCACUAUAAAGGUGCUUCCGACGUUCACACGUUUGGCAAGAUAGACAGAUCCAGGUUUGAAGCAAAGAAGCGAAAGAUUGCAGCAAGAUAUGAAGCGAGCAAGAAGCUAGAGGAGGUCAAAGAGCAAGAAGCCUCCAUGGCUGGUGGCCAGUGGAUUGACCAGAAUUGGGUAUCAAACUUGGCCUUGAGGGAAAUGGGGGACGGCCUUGUGUUGAAAGACUGGUUGAAAGAAGUAGCCAUAUACCUUGUGCUUGUUUUUGCCUUCACGUACUCGCUGUACUCUGGGAGGAACAAUCGCGAAAAGAUCGAAAUGAAAAGCAUCUUCGUCGAUUUUGUUCAGAGGUCCUUGCAAAACGUCAGCUCGUCAGACGACAUCACCAAGUUUCUACGAAACUUUGGCAGUCAGACAGCAUGUCCCUCAUGCAUGGCUUUCUGGACGAAUUACACAAUGCCGGGGACUGAUGGAAUGAUCCUUGGAAAUGCCUUGACAGGAAGAAUUGAAAUCAUUCAAAACCGCAUCUCUGAAGGAAAAUGCUCCAAGAUCCAUGCAAACUUGGUCAAGCAGGGCCUCAUCGCAGAUGGAGCAUGCUAUCCUCCUUGGAACCCGGAGGCAGAAGCUCAGACUUUUACGAUAGCCAACGACGUCGCGCCGACCCAGGCUGGAUCCCUUCCCUUCUUCAAGUACCGGUCUUCUGCUCUUGCUGGCUUCACAGGCGUCAGCGGCACAUAUCCAGCGAGUGGGUUCGUGGCGAGUUUCACUUCAGCCGACGCUGCCGCCACUAUCGAGUCCCUCAUCGCAAACCAGUGGGUCGACGCCAAGACAAGAUUCGUCCUUGUGGCGUUUGCAGUCUACAAUCUUGAGAUGCAAUUCUUCGUCUUGUCAGAUGUGGCGUUUGAGCUGCUUUCCAACGGAGCAACCAUCAUACAUCAGUCCUCAGACACCAUAGUACCCAGUCGGUACGACAUGGGAUCUUUCAGCGGGCUGAUAAGGAUUGCCAUGCUCGCCCUUGUAUUCUUGAUGGUGAUCUAUUACGCAUUUGAAGAGCUCGAUAGCUGCAGGAGAAAUGGGCUGAAGAAAUAUCGAACACCAGGAUGGGGUUACGUCGAGCUUACCAAUAUCUUGCUGUUCGUGCUCUUUGGGUUCUUGAAGCUGGCGAAUUACAUCUCCUAUCAAAUCAUGAUCUACCAGAAGUCAGACUACAACUCGUUGCUAUCGAGGUUGCGAUCUCUUGCGAAGAGUUAUUUCAUCGAAGACCAGGUUGCUGGGCUGAUUGCAUUCUUGCUCUGGUUCAAGCUGCUAAAGUACAUCUGCAUCCACAAGAACCUGCUCCUGUACACCAAGGCUCUAGAGCACGGCUUCUUCGAGUUUGUUUCCCUCGGCGCCAUCUUCUGCCCCCUCUGGUUUGGCUAUGGGAUCAUGGGAUACAUGCUCUUCGGCGAGACCUCGGAGCAAUUUUCUUCCAUCACCCGAUCUUGUCAAUCCUUGAUCCUUGGCAUGUACGGCCAUCUGGACUUCAUCAAGCUGCAGGAGGAGAUUGGGGACGCAGGCAUCGCCUUCACCAUGAUCUGGAUCUUCAUGAGCACCUCAACCUUCUUCAACGUCACGGUAGCGUUCAUGAUUGAGGCUCUGAAUGUCGUGUCCUCCGACGAGGCGACGCUGAGGACACAGACUGUGCUGGACAAGGUCCGUGAGCUGAUCGAGAGGAGGAAUGCGGAGUUGAAGGAGUUCAGGAAGAGCGCUUCGAAGCAGCACAGGAAGAAGGCUCGCAAGUCUGCUGGGAAGAGAUCAUGCUUUCCAUGCUGCUCCAGUGCUCAGGUAGCCGACGAGGAGGACGAGGAGGUGCAGGAGGUGGAGGUGGAGGGAGAGGCGGAGCGAAAUGAGGAGCUGGAAGAAAUCGAGAGGGAGCCGAAGCGCAGGCAGAGCAGCAUCGUGGAAGAGAAUUGGAACCCAUGGACCCCACCGGAGUGA